UUGAGUUUGAAAAGGUGUGUUAAAGUUGUUCAUUUAAUAUUAAAUAAAUAAAAGGCAAACUGACUUGUUGCUGCACUUUGAACAUUAGCAUUUUCUUCUUUUAUGUCAUUUUUAAAUGCACUCUUCUUUCAUUUGGGAACAGUUUGAACAAAACAAGUUAUUUGACAUAGUUGUUAUAUAUACAAAAUUUGACAGUAAAUCCUUACAUCACGAGACAAACCUUUGUGUACCUGUUUUGUAGACGGGUAAAAAGCGCACCUGUGGAUCUACUGCCCAUUUAAGUACUGUAGCUCCGCCUCUCAGUGAAGGCAGAAAGGUGACACUUGGACAGCUUUGUUAUUGACCCUGACGGCAGUUGCUUCUUUUCACCUUCACGGUGCAGUGUGUAGUUGAGGCUUUAGCGUAGGAGUCGUUCCUGCACACAAAAGGAAGGAGGGAUGGAAGAACCCACUGCUGCUGUUCCAUGUAACAGUAUCAGUAACAGGACCGACCCUUAUGGGUUUGAGAGAUGUCAUGAUUUUGAAUCCUACACGGAGAUGAUGGAGGAGUAUGCCACCAUCCUCAACAGAAGGUCCAUGAGAUGGUCCAAGCUCCUUCAUGGGAAACCCCUUAUAGAGAAAAACAUGACAGUGAAGAGGUUUGUACGUAAAGGUGUGCCCAAUGAGCUCCGUGCAAAGAUCUGGAUGGCAGUUAGUGGUGCUCAGGAAAGGCUAGAGAAGAACCCUGGUUACUACGUGUCUCUGCUGGCCAUGCAACACGACAUGAAGGUUGAGGAGACCAUUCGUACAGACUUGCAUCGGACAUUUCCUGACAACGUCCUCUUCCAGGCCAAAGCACAACCAGGCCUGCAGAGGGCGCUGUGCAACGUGCUGCUGGCCUACGGACACCAUAAUAAAACAGUCGGCUACUGUCAGGGUAUGAACUUCAUUGCAGGCUACCUCAUCAUCAUCACCAAAGAUGAAGAAAUAUCUUUCUGGCUCCUGGAUGCGCUGUUGGGGCGAGUUCUCCCAGAUUACUACACCAUGGCCAUGCUGGGCCUGAAGACUGACCAGGAGGUUCUUGGUGAACUGGUGAAGGUGAAAGCCCCUGCAGUAGGUCAGCUCAUGGACCAGUAUCCUGGUGUGUGGACCCUGGUGGUAACACGUUGGUUCAUCUGCCUCUAUGUUGACAUACUUCCCAUCGAGACAGUUCUAAGGAUCUGGGACUGUCUUUUCUACGAAGGUUCUAAAGUACUUUUCCGUGUAGCUUUGACUCUUGUACUUCACCACCAGCCCGCAAUCCUGAGAAGCCGAUCAUUGUGCGACGUGUGCGAGUGCUUCAAACAGAUUACCUGUGGAACUUUCACUUUGGACUGCCACACCUUCAUGCAGAAAAUCUUUACACAACCUGGAAACCUGUCCAGGGCAACUAUUGACAAACUGAGGGAGAGAUGCAGACGACGAAUCCAGGAGGAAGAAUCUGGACAGCUGUGAGGUUUUUAAUUCAAAACAGCUGUUUGUUCUAAGAAAAACUCAUGCACUGAACUAAUAACUUAAUGGACAUGAGAGUUUCUGAAUACUUCCAUUUUGAGUGUAUCAAUUUACCCUCUAAUUCAAGUCAUUUACCUUUAC